UAUCAUCCGUCGGGAUGUGACGAAUGGACGGAAAACAAGAGGGAAGGGGGCCUAUUGCUCCCAGGUGAGAACGCCCAGCGUGCAGCUGUUGCAUCUCCUGUCUGCUGGUAAAAGGGUCAUGUUUAAUGUCUGGAUGUGGUGGAGCCAGGAUGCUUUGGUCUGGGCAGGUUUUUAUGACUACCCGUGGCUGGAUUUGUUCUGACGUCCCACAAAGCAUCAGCUUCUCCAGCCUGCGUGCAGAACCAUGUCCUUGCUUCUUGUCUUGUUGCUCUGGGGUUCCCUGAGUGCCGCCAGGCUACCUUUGGGUGCCUGGCUCUACCCCAUUCCAGAGCUUUGCAGGGAACUUGGGAUCUCCCAAGAUCUCCUUGGUGGUCUCUUUAUUGAACAAAGCAAACAAUUUUCAUGUGAGGCGUUAACAAACCUGGCUGCUUUUUAGUGCGCUUGACCGUAAAUUGGUGUGACCAUGCAGAGCUGGGAAAUUGAGGGCGGGAGUCUGAAUAUACCCUUGGGUAAGGAAAUUUAGGUGGAAUCACAGGACUCUCCUUUAAAGAUGUGCCUGAAAUAAAAUGCUGGGACUGGCCUUGCCCAGUGGUUUUGCCAACAGGACUGUGCAUCUGGGCUGCAGAGAUGAAGCAGCCUUCAUAGCCCUCAUUGGCUGUGGAGCUGCGAUUAAAAUCAGAGGAGGUAUAAAUCCCUGGGAGACUAGUUAAUCCUCUAGAUUUGGCCUUUAUGUUGAAGAAUGGCAGCUGUUAAUAGUUAAAAUGCUUAAAUGUAUUGACACAAGUUUAACUGAGAGAUGUUAAACAUGCAAGUGUGCAGGAGAAGGGCCAAAAGUGGGCGAGUUGCGCUGAUGGGAUCAAGCACACAAACCCAGGUGGUUCACAUGGCUGCCCUGCAGCAGCUGCCUUUACUUGGAGGCCAAGGGAAAGCUGCCGAAUGCCCCUUUGCUAUCAGCAGGGUGCUUGUUAAUGGCGUUAUCAGCGCGCUUAGCAGUAACAGCACCCAGGCUGGGCCAAGCGGAUCUGUAAACAGGAGCUAAGGAGGAAGGAGGUCCGAGCCUCGCCACCGUGUUUGCCCAAAGGCUUUCUGAGGAAUGCUGAGCGCCUCGCGCCUCCCCAGCCAGCCCACACCCUUCCUUCUUUCCCCUCCGCUGAUAACCGGGCCGGUGACGUCUCCUGCGGGGCCAGGCAGCGAGCACCCUUUGGGGGUCAGCACGGGAGCAGCUUGGCCCUGUGUGGGCAGGGUGAGCCCAGCCCUGGCACCCGGCUCUGUCCCUGCCAUGCUCAGCUCUGCGUCCUCCUCGCUGGCCCUCAGCAGAGGCUGCUUGGGCCUCCUGCAGGCAUUGGGGUGCCCCUUGCUGGCCAGCCCAGUACCUCGGUCUCUGCAAAGUGUUCCUCCAGCACCAGCUCCUGGCCUGGCUCCAAGCGAGCCCCCAGAGCCGAUCCUGCCUUGUGCCACCACUUGCCCCCUGCACUGUGACCUUCUCGACGCAUCUGCUGGCCACUGACAGUAAUGAUUAACGUAGAUUGCUCCCCUGUCACUGACGUACCUCAGGGCAAAUCACUCUGAUAAAAGACUUUUUUUUUUUCCCCCCCCUUGAUAAUAGAACAAAACUCGCCCUCAAAUAACAGAUGAUUAAGAAGCAGAGGGGGUGGGAAAGCCUUGGUAGUGCUGGGAUGGUGACUCAGGUCAGGCCAUGCCCGUGACCUUCCCCGCUUGGUUCUGAGCAGCGCUUUCUGGUUUCCUGCUCUUCAGCUCUCCCCCUUCUCGCUUCUCUCGCUGCAAAGCCUUGGCUGUGGCACCUUACCCCUGGGCUCCCUCGAGGAGUGACUGUACCGGUGGGGUUCAGCGCUCCCACCAAGGCCCUGCAGCUCAGCUCCUGGCACCCCGAGGUGUUUCUGUACCCAAGUGAACCUCCUGGAAGCUCCUGCAAGGCCUGAGAGCCCCAGGGCUGCUCUUUUGUCUCCAGUAACUCUUUGUGUGCAAUGUCUGCCGCUUGGCAGUCACCGUGAAGCACAUUGAUGCCCCCCUUCCAAAAGCGGGCCUGAUCUCUGCUCCGUAACUGAUGGCAGCCCCCUCAGUAGGAUGCUGCUGGCCCAGCCUCAUUCUCUGCUCUGACACAGCGCCCAAGCCCCGUGCCUCAGUUUCCUGGCCUGCAGGUGUGGAAGAUGGAGUUGGUGGAGCUUUGCCCCUCUCACAAGGACGGAGCAGCUCUCAGCUAACGGGACCCCUUCAUGUCUCCCAGAUAUAUAGAUAAUAGGGAAAUAGCUAUUUGUGAACCCUACCCACUGCCUCCCCCGACAUGCAAGUAUGUGGCUGGAAGAAGAAUGCAGCCCUUGGCUAUAAACCACAGCCGUGCCCGCACUUGCAGCAUGGAGAUACCUCAGGGCAGUGAUUUCUGACUGGCCGUACCAGAAGACGUUACUGCGCUGCUUUUCACCUGAAGAAUCCCAGCGGCAAAUACCUCUGUGUCGGCUGCAUCCGUCAGGACUCGCCUGGGGAGGCCGAGCGGGUGAGUACAGAGCCAUCGGUGUGAGGAGCCCUGCAGGGUGCUUACAGGUGUCCCCAGGCAGCCGGCACCGUGACUCAGAGCCGCUCACCCCGGGGUUAAUCACUGCAGCUCCUGCAGGUGCACCCGGAGGCUGCUUUGGGGCCGUGCUGCUCUGUUUGGGCAUUUUCUUGCUUAGAAGGAUAAGCUGCAUUUCUCUUUGGUUUUGCUCCUUCUCAUGCCUCUCUGUUUGUUACCUUUCAGCCUGCUCUUUCAGCCUUUCUCCUUUCCUCUGUCCUCCCUUUCUCGCUGCCCUCAGUGGCUGUGUGCCAUCCUAGGACCUCAGCGGCAGAUGUGGGAUCAUCCCUGGAGCCCCCCAUCUCCACAGCCCCCCAUCCCCAGAGCCAGGGCACUUGGCCGCAAAGCACCGGGGUCCUGCAGGGAAUUCCUCCUCCCUGGCAGCAUGGCCCAGGGGUUGCAAUUCUCCUCGUGGCACAACGUCCUGCGACAGCCCCGUGCCUCAGCAGGUGCCCGGGCUCAGCUCGGUGUCUCCUGACGGCAGAGGGUGCCCCGGGCCUGGGAAUCCUGUGGGAGCUGGCCCUGGGGUGGAGGCAUUGCUUGGGACACUUAGCACCCUGCAGAAAUUUAGUGUUGGUAUAAAGGGUGCUGGAGGGUGGCCACGGCCCCUCUAGCACAUCGUGGCAGAACUGAGGCGUGGACAGGAGCAGUUUGGGGCUCCUACAGCUCCCUGCAGCUCCCUGGGGAGCUCCGAUGGGGCUGUGGGUACAGGCAGGGGGCUCCUGCUCCAUCAGCCCCCUCCCGCUGCCCCACUGACUGCGAGGGGCUCAGGAGCGGAUAUCAGCAGGAUAGGGCCCAUGAGACUUCUGUGCAGCUCCGUUUAGGGGGGAUAUUUCAUCCUUACAAGCUCUUACUGAGUGACCCCGAACACACAGUGCUCUGCUGAGCCUGGCACGGCGAUGCUGCUUAAUUGGAGCUUUUAAUGUGCUGCGGAGCUGGCGCGUGACAGGUUCCCCGUGAGGAGCCGCCAGCACCGGAGGACGUUUAGGACCCAGGGGAAGCACCGCAGAGCGUGGCUGGAAGGAGCCGCUGCCUCCCCGCCACGACUUCUCAGGUGUCCUGGCACGCCGGAGCUGUGCGGGGCCAGCCGGGCCCUCCUGGCAGCUCCCCGUCCCCAUGCCCACCCCGUGAGCCCCCCGCGCACCCAUGCGCUCGCCCAGGGACCGCUCGGCACCAUGAACGACCAGUACCACCGAGCAGCCCGGGACGGCUACCUGGACCUCCUGAAGGAAGCCACCAAGAAGGACCUCAACUCGCCAGACGAGGAUGGCAUGACCCCGACCCUCUGGGCUGCCUACCACGGCAACCUGGACGCCCUGCGCCUCAUCGUCAGCAGAGGGGGGGAUCCAGACAAAUGUGACAUCUGGGGGAACACCCCCCUUCACCUGGCGGCAGCCAACGGCCACCUGAACUGCCUUUCCUUCCUCAUCUCUUUUGGGGCCAACAUCUGGUGCCUGGACAACGACUACCACACCCCGCUGGACAUGGCAGCCAUGAAGGGGCACAUGGAGUGCGUGCGCUACCUGGACUCUAUCGCUGCCAAGCAGAGCAGCCUCAACCCCAAGCUGGUGAGCAAGCUGAAGGACAAGGCCUUCCGCGACGCCGAGCGGAGGAUCAAGGACUGCGUGAAGCUGCAGAAGAAACACCACGAGAGGAUGGAGAAACGGUACAGGAAGGAGAUGUCGGAUAACUCAGACACCAUGAGCUUCUCCAGCUACUCAAGUAGCACCUUAAGCAAGAAGUUCCAACACAUGUCUAUGGUGACGUCCCUGCCAUACUCACAAGCCACCAUCCACGGCACAGCCAAGGGAAAGACGAAAAUACAGAAGAAGCUAGAGAAGAAGAAGCAGGUGGAUGGGACCUUCAAGAUCUACGAGGAUGGGAGGAAAAGCGUGCGCUCUCUGUCCGGCCUGCAGCUGGGGAACGAUGUGAUGUUCGUGAAGCAGGGCACGUACGCCAGCCCCAAGGAGUGGACCCGCCGUAAUAUCAGAGACAUGUUCCUCACGGAUGAAGACACCGUCUCCCGUGCCAUAAGCGACCCGGGUUUGCACAUGGACUCGGCCCACUCCGAAGUCAGCACCGACUCCGGCCACGACUCCUUGUUCAACCGCCCCGGGCUGGGCACCAUGGUGUUCAGGCGCAACUACGUCAGCAGCGGGCUCUUCGGCAUCGGCCGGGAGGACGCCGGCAUGCCAGGUGAAGGUGACACGGAUGGGCUGGGUGUCAAACUGCGGAGCCGCCUGCAGCGCUCGCCAAGUCUCAACGACAGCAUUGGCAGUGCCAACAGCCUGCAGGAGAGGAACGCGGAGGACCUACCCUGGGACGAGGUGGAGCUGGGCUUAGAUGACGACGACGAACCCGACACCAGCCCCUUGGAGACUUUUCUGGCUUCCCUGCACAUGUUUGAGUUUAUCUCCAUCUUGAAGAAGGAAAAGAUUGACUUGGAGGCCCUCAUGCUGUGUUCAGACAAUGAUCUGAAGAGCAUCAAUAUUCCACUGGGCCCCAGGAAAAAGAUUGUGGAUGCCAUCCAGAGGAGACGGCAGACUCUGGAGAGGCCAGAUGUCAUUGUAGACACUGAACUGUAAGUAGGAGAUGGGACCAUUGAGUGAUAAAACCUUUCAGCAGGUAGAGAUUUGGAUAGUGUAAGGCCUUGUUUUCAACCCACUUGGAAAAGCAGGAGCCCAGGUAAUCUCAGUGCUUCUGUGGGUGGGCAAAUUCCUGCUUGUGUGGAAACGAUGAGAGUUCGGAGAGGUGGCAAUAGCGUUCGUUACUCAACAGCCCUCGUGUGGCUUGGCAGGACGUGAAGUCCUUGUUUGGUUUCAUAACCUAUAUGAAUGCAGACUGCUCUGUGGUCUGAUUCUUCUGAGUCCCUGUAGCUGGGAUUUUCAACCACGCUCAUGCUUGCCUUGACUCUUCACCUUCCGAAGGCAUGAGGAAAUCAGCCGUGGUUGCCCAGUGGGAGCAGGCUGAGGGCAGUGCCCAGUGGCAUUGACAAUCCUCCCCAGGGUGCUUCAGAUCUUGCUCAAGCCUUUGGGACUGCGUUAUCUGGGUUGGAGUUGUUGCUCUUCUGCGGUGCUCCCAGGGUUUGGUUGGCUUGGUCUGAGGACCACAGGCCUGCCGUUGAGGUGAGCAGAAGGCAUCACUGGGGUCUCCCCGCUGUCACAUCCGCUGACACCUCAAACCACUGUGUCGUUUGGGCUUCCCAGUCUUCAAAUACCUGUGUGUUUCUUGCUGGUUCUGCUGCCUUCCAGCACAGCUCAGUUUUGGAUUCCCAGGGCACUGACAGACUUUUUCUCUUUCCUUUUGCAGAUAGCAACAGCAGCAUUUUAUUACUUUUUUUUUUUUUAAAACGAAACAAACCCAGUUCUAAGUUGCCAGAAAACACAAGCCAGAGACUCUCUUCCCGGGGCAGCUGAAAGCCACAGCCAUCCCCAUCCAUCCCUCCUGCUCCCUCAUUCUGCUCCCCACCUGCGGGAUGCUCUGGGGCGGUUCGUGGCGCGGAGGACGGCUGCUGAGAUGGGACCAGGCAGCUUCCACCUGCCCACCUGAAGGGAUGGUGGUCACCAGCUCCCUGCAGGAACAAGCGUGCCGCACGUGGCUGGAGCACUGCAUGGGCCGAGAGACCACGCGAAGCCAUGAACUGAAGGAGCCAUGCGAUGGUACUUCCAAGGGGACCCAAAAUAAAUAAUUACACAUCUUCUUCCUUGA